CAGCCAUUGGCCACGCAGCUCGUCUCCUACCCCGGCCGGCACCCCGUCCCCGUCGUCCCACCUCGCCGCUUUCCCUUUCGCUUUCGGCCUGCCUGCGAUCUCACCACUGCCCCCAAACGGCUUCCUCCUCCCCACCUUUAUCUUUUGUUCUCUUCUCCCUCCCACUCCCAGGUCCCAGCUGCCAAGCAAGAGACUCCCAGCGCUCACAAACCCCAAACCCCUCGCUUGGCAUCGAGCCGCCGCGCUUUGCUUCAGCUCCUUCCUCCUCCUCCCCCGCUUGCACGCCACUCCACUCCACUCCACUCCUCGCUUGAUGCAAACCUCUCCUCGCUGCUAGUGCUAGCUAGUCGCCUCUCCGUUCGGGAUCCGGGAGCAAAAUGGACAAGGAGAGGAGGCGGGGCUUCUUUUCGGCGCUCAAGGGGGAGGUGGUGCGGGGCCUCUCCCCGGCGAGGUCGCGGGGGAAGUGGCUGCUCCCGCGCGCCCGCAAGACGGCGGCGGAGGACGAGGCGGAGACGCCCGAGGAGCUCGCCCCGUACGCGGCGGGCCAGUUCGUCGCCCACUCCGGCAGCCUCCGCCCGGGCGGCGAGGCCCUGGCACCGCUCAUGGAGGGCCCGGAGGUGGCCGAGGACGACGCGUCCGGCGAGGAGUCCGGCCGGCGGGACGGGUUCGGGCAGUGGGUCCGCGGUCACCUGGUCCGCCCCCCGCUGAUGGCCGGAGGCGACGGGUCGUUCCGCCGCUCCGACCUCCGCCUCCUCCUCGGCGUCAUGGGCGCGCCGCUCGCGCCCGUCUCGGCCUCCGCCGCGGACCCACUGCCGCAUCUCUCCGUCAAGGGCGCCCCCAUUGAGUCGUCGUCGGCGCAGUACAUCCUGCAGCAGUACAUGGCGGCGUCGGGCGGCGCCAAGGUGCUGCGGUCGGUGCGGAACGCGUACGCCAUGGGGAAGGUGCGCAUGGUCGCGUCCGAGUUCGAGACGGCCACCCGGGUGGUGAAGAGCCGCGGCUCCGGCGCCGCCUCCGCCGUGGAGCAGGGCGGGUUCGUGCUCUGGCGCAUGUCCCCGGACAUGUGGUACGUGGAGCUCGCCGUCGGCGGCGGCAAGGUCCGCGCCGGCUGCGACGGCCGCCUCGUGUGGCGCCACACGCCGUGGCUCGGCGCCCACGCCGCCAAGGGCCCCGUCCGCCCCCUCCGCCGCGCGCUGCAGGGCCUGGACCCGCUCUCGACGGCGGGCCUGUUCGCGGGGGCGCGGUGCGUGGGUGAGAAGACGGUCGGCGGCGAGGACUGCUUCAUCCUCAAGCUGUCGGCGGGCGCGGAGACGCUGCAGCAGCGGAGCGAGGGCCCGGCGGAGAUCAUCCGGCACGCGCUCUUCGGCUACUUCAGCCACCGCACCGGGCUGCUGGUGCAAGUGGAGGACUCGCACCUGACGCGCAUCCAGCCGCACGCCGGCGGCGACGCCGUCUACUGGGAGACCACCAUCAGCUCCUCCCUCGAGGACUACCGCGCCGUCGACGGCGUCGUGAUCGCGCACGCCGGCCGCUCCGCCGUCACGCUCUUCCGGUUCGGCGAGACGGCCAUGAGCCACACCAAGACGCGCAUGGAGGAGGCCUGGACCAUCCAGGAGGCCGCCUUCAACGUGCCGGGCCUCUCCACCGACUGCUUCAUCCCGCCCGCCGACAUCCGCCGCGACUCCGCCGGCGAGCCCCCGCACUGCGAGCUCCCGCCCCGCGGCGCCGCCGCCGCUAAGGCCGGCGCAGUGCACCCCGCGCGCGUCGCCGCCGCCGCGGAGCGCGUGCACCCGCGGCGCGACGACAAGAUCCACUGGACGGUGGAAAUGUGAGGAGCGGGAGGAGAUCAUUUUACCUUUACCCGGUUGGAUUCGUAAGAGCGAGUGAGGAUUAGCGGCUAAGCAGCUAGUAGCUAGGAAGCAAAAAAACAAAAAUUCAGCAAUCCAAUUGGUUCAUAGCACUAGAAACCAAAUCUUUCUUCUGCAAACACUAACUUCGUCUCCUAGUGGCUUGUAUUCUGUACAGAUGAGCAGCAAAAGAGUCUCCUCCAUCCCAAUGCUGAAUUGUACUGUAACAUUUGCAACAGCUUAAGAAUUGACACAAGCGUAUCAGCAGAUCUUCGUGCC